GGGAGGGGAGGAGGAGCCAAAGAAGAAGCUCCGGAUUUGGAAACACAGGUUAUGACUGGCCGAAGUGAAAGAUAAGUUGACUUUUCAUCGUGGUAAAGUUGAACUGGUGAGGAAGGAUCAUGCCAUCAUAAAGAGGAGCCGGAGGGGAUAAGAGGAAGGGGGAAAAAGGAAGAAGGAUCGGGCAAAGAGGUAAACAACGACUCUGAUGGCACAGCAAGAAGAGCCUCUGUAUGACUUCCCAGAGCCCACGAAGUGCAAGUCCUUGGGUCAUCAAAGGGGACGGGGAUCUCUGAGAAGCAUCAGCGUACUGGACCGUCUCCUGCUCACAGUUCCUGUCUGGCUUCAGCUGUCAAUCAACCCUGCCACUGCUCUGCACAUACUUCAGAGGGAGCCUCCUGGGACGUUCCUGGUGCGUAGGUCUCGCACAUCCCAGAAGAAUGUGCUCUGUCUCCGUUUGGCGGAUGACAGCGUGCCAUCCUUCGUUCAGCAGUUUGGUAUCAGGGAGGAACAAUCCACUCUGUCUCUGGAGACUUCAGCCAUCAGCUUUCCAGAUCUCCCAAGACUAAUUUCCUUCUACUGUGUCAGCAGAGAUGUAUUACCCUUCCCUCUGGAGCUUCCUGAAGCCAUUGCAAAGGCAACAUCCCACAAAGAGCUGGAGUCCAUCUCACAUAUGGGAAUAGAAUUCUGGAGGUCCCACCUAAACAUCCGUGGGCCACGGGACGAGAACAAGAAGCCAGAUGUUUUACCCUCGGCCCCGCCCACGUCUGCCCCGCCAACGAGCUCUGCAGCUCAGCCUGAUUCAGCUCGCCAGCCCAACGCAGAGAGCCUGCUCAACACAGAAUCCAGCGCUUCCACCAAACACUCGGGUCCGGCCACCCUGUUCCACGAGUUUUGUCCGAUCACGACGCGAAGCCCCCGAGAGCUGGACUGUGGGUCCGGCCUGGGCGCCCUCUGCUUCAUCAACCCCCUUUUCCUGCAGUCCCAGAACAGUUUGUCCAGACGCCGCAUGUUCAAACACAGCCUCAAAGUUCGAAUUUCCACAGAGACAUCGACCCUUCUGUCGCCGCCGCUUGCUCCUCCUCCUCCACCACCUCUCAUGCCCAAAACCAAAGGUAAAUGUAAAGCCCGGAAAUUGGGACAAGCCCAAGUCCCAAGUCAAGCCACUCAGAUUGGUCCAAAAGUUCAGGACUCCCAGUCCCAGCCUGUGAUACAGGCACAGGACACCCCUAGUGAGGCCCAAGUUCAGCCUGCAUCAGCAACUCCUCACUUCCAGCCUGAGAUGCAGGAUCCAGGCCAAACACAGAUGGAACCAGGCCAAGGUAAAUCUGGAGCCCCAGGAUCGGAGGCUACGGCUCAGCUGCCAGCAGUAAUGGAGAAUCUUCCAGAUGAUUCAGACUACAUGCAGCCCUCUCUGAUGAUCAAUUCCUCCCAUUCUCCCAUACUCUCUCCUUACCUCUCCCCAUCUGCUUCUCCCAAAGCACCUCCCCUGUUUCCCAAAGUAUCUUCGUCCGUCUCUCCUUGUGACUUUCCCUCCCUCUCGCCAUAUCAGUCCCCAUCUCUUUCUCGCAAGGUUCCCUUUUCCCUCUCUCCACAUAACUCACCCAGUGCUUCGCCCUCUCUCUCGCCUUAUCAGUCCCCAUCUCUUUCUCCCAAGGUUCCCUUUUCCCUCUCUCCUAACCGCUCACCCAGCGCUUCGCCCUCUCUUUCGCCUCAUCAGUCCCCAUCUCCUUCUCCUAAAGUCCCCUUCUCUCUCUCCCCCUUCACCUCUCUGUCCUUCUCUCAGAUGGCAGAGCAGGCCUAUCGCACACACGCUGCUCCUUCAAGACCAGAUCAGCAGAGAUCGGAGGGAGAGGCUGAGGAGGAGGAGGGGGCAGGUGGAGAUAAGGAUGAGGAUGAUGAUACAAGUGAGGAAGAGGGUCUGGUUUUACAGAUGAAUGCUGCUUCUCUAAGGGACACUGACAGCUGCAGCUCCUUAAGUAGUUUUGAGGGGGCAGCAGAGACUUCACCUCACUCAUCCCACAAACAGGACAACGGUACAAGCCUCUAGCGAACAAACAUUUUGAACUGGAACUCAAUGACGUGAUGUCAUGAAGCAUUUUGUAGAAUUGUUUGGUAAAAAAAAAAGUAAAUAAGUUACAAAACCAAAGAUUUUAAUGACGAUACUGUUUGUUUGCAUGUUUUAACUGCAGCUGUAGCUUUUUUAUGCCUUAUUGUCAACCAUUUUCUUAAGUAUUCCCCAGACUGAUUUGUGACCCGACAGUUUUGUUACCUUUAAUAUCAGUUUUUUUCUGAAAAUUAAAUUAAAAAUUGCAGACUUGAAA